AGGCGUUACCUUAGUAACUCAGUGCGGGUUCGAUUAGUCAGGUAUUCUGCCGAAACUACACGAGGACCAGGACUCGUUUGUGAUUGUUUGCUUAAUAUCUCUAAUUUUCUGCCCAUCUUUCUGUCAGGAAAUGGCGGAUUCACAGGAGGACAAGCUUUACAAAGCCGAGUAUGCAAAAAGCGGUCGGGCUUCGUGUAAGAAGUGUAAAAAAGACUCGCUGAGGAUGGCUAUCAUGGUGCAGUCGCCCAAGUUUGAUGGUAAAGUGCCACACUGGCAUCAUUUCUCGUGCUUCUGGCUCCGCGCGGCCGUGCAGUCGUCGUCGGACAUCUCGGGCUUUACGGAUCUCCGCUCGGAGGACCAGGAGAAAGUAAAGAAGGCCAUCGAAAGCGGAGGAUCUGUUGGUGGUAAAGCGGACCGUAAAGGAGCAGGUAAAGGAGAGAAGUCACUGAAUGACUCCGCAGUGGAGUACGCCAAGUCCAACAGGAGCACCUGCAAAGGCUGUGAUCAGAAAAUAGAGAAGGCUUCGCUGAUCCAUCACCGAAGCCCUGCUGUCAGCAACUCAGAACAGCUUUCAGGCUUGACACGAAGGCUUGUGGAUUUGGAGGCAAAAGUUGGUUUGUUGGAGGCACGUUUGAAUGAGCGGUCUCAUCCGCCGACCGCUGAUAAAUCUACGGCUACAGACAGUCCGGUCGAUGUUCUUCCGACUCCGGUGAAACCUCGAACCGAAUGUCAACAGGCGACCCAUAUCCAUCCGUCUGGUCAUGGGGAAUUUAGCUUAACCAAUGGACAUUUGGACAUUGACAGUCUCAGUUUCCCAUCGGCCGUUUCUACACCGUGUAUUGACCGCACUCGUCCUGCAGAUAUAACUGUGGACUCAUUUGACCGCACUCGUCCUGCAAAUAUAAUUAAGGACACACCUGACCGCACUCGUCCUGCAGAUAUAAUUGUGGACACACCUGACCGCACUCGUCCUGCGGAUAUAAUUGUGGACUCACCUGACCGCAAUCGUCCUGCAGAUAUAAUUGAGGACUCAGUUGACCGCACUGGUCCUGCAGAUAUAACGGAGGACUCCGCAUACUUGCUUGCUUGCUAUUCACCUGUUCUAGAAAUGUACAACAGAUCACAGCAAUCUCCCUCAGCAAUGUCAUCAUUUUGUUUGAGGCUGCCUGAAACACCAAAAAAGUCUGUUCGAAGGUCUCUCAUGGGAGUAAUUCUAGAUGAUGUGACUUUAAAUCACGUGUCCCUGGAGGUCGAGAAACAACUUUAUGUGGAUGCAACAGGAUCAGACGGUACACCUAGAGCAGAUCGUUUUGCUGCUAGUUUGUUUAAAAGGUUGAUUCCCCUAACAGUUUAUCAUGACUGGGUAGGUUCUGUGAACUAUGAUGGGAAAAGGGGAAAAAACGCUCUGCCAAGGAAUGUACGUCAAGCCAUUUCCGACGCCAUUGCUAGGAAAUUCCAUCCCGCCUCGUGUGACUGGAAGCUCAUUAGAGACAGAAUUAACGAGCUUCUCAGAAAGAAGCGAUUAAGUUUUCCUCUUUUUUAAAAUGCUGUAAAUAUCUUUUUUAACUUGUAUGAUACAACGUUGAAACAAAUGGCGAAUGGUAAACGGUUGGAAAGGAUCAAUAAAAGAAAUGUUUUAUGA